AGGACCAGUUGAAGUGCAAUAUUGAAGCCUGUACUGUACCAUUCAGGAUCCAGACUCUAACCUCAAGUCAUGUUGACCAGGAAUUUUCUCAUCCUCUGCUCUCUGGCAGUUCUGCUAGUACAAGCUGACCUCGAUACUAAUAACGAUCAUGCUGCCCAAGCCAUGUCCACGGAUAAGGACUCAACCUCGGAGGAAGCUCCAACUGAGAGCAUGAAUGCCAUCUCCUCGGACCAGCCUAACGAAAAGCCACAGUAUUACAAUGGAGGGACUGCUGAUGUAAGCAGCACAAGUGUAGAAGUUAGACAAGAUGCUCCUAAACCUAACGGUGUCACUGGACCUGGUGUUGCGGCAAACAGUGUUGAGGACCAGGAGGAGGAUGAGAGCUCAGAUGAAGGUCUGAAAAAAAGAAUUGUUCCUCCUCCUCCUCCUCCUCCUCCUGCUCCACAACAAAACUCACGAAAGUUAGUUGGGCCAGCAGGUGGGAACCGGAGAAAGGCCCCAGCCCCACAACAGAAGAGGAGAUCACGACCCUCCCGCCGUCAGCCCUGAAAUGCCACAAAGACACAAGGAGGCAAACAUUUACUUUUAGUUAAUUACAUAGAAGAAGAAGAAAUAUUGUAUCCUAUUACUGUAUAUGCCAUAACAAGGAGGUGUACAGAACGGUACGCACAUGAUGAAGCUGUUUUGAUGUAUCUUGUGAAGCAGAACAAAGUCAGCAUGACAUUACAUAUUGUUUACUGUAACUUCUGUGGAAAAAACUCAGUGGUAUGUUCAAUACAAACUCAUGGGCAUUUCUCUGUGAAUAAAAUGUAGCAUUAAAUUAACAAUUUAUUGUGAUGACAUAAAACCUAAUAACACCAGUGGGAGACUAGUUCACACCACCAUUAAAAUCCAGGGUGAGGCAUGCUUUGUGCAGCGUCAUAACUGACCUUAACCUUAAGAGUCAAUGAUACUGCUCUAAAUUCACCAACCUGUUUCAAAAUAGCAAGGACCUCACUCCCAUGAAAAUACCUCCAUUUCUAAAGGAACGCACACACCGCACCGAAUGUCUAUCUGUUGUUCCUUCGCCAUUCGUUCGGCGUGGUGUGUUUUACGGACCACUUGCCGGUGGGCGUCUGAUUGCCAACAUUUUCGCAUGUAGAAUCGGUUUGCACUCGGUUUGCAAAUUACAGCUGGCACUCUGUUCAGAGGUGCUAUGUACUCUCGGUGGGAAAACGAUACCGGUGUGUCAGUGCCUUUAGAGAUAAUCUUGCUAUUUGGAUCAUUAGCCAGUUGGUGGCAAUAUGGAGGUACGAACUUGCAAUACAAACUGUUGUUAGCUAAAGUGAAAAGACUAGAUAUUCUUUAUCAACUAUAUUUUUCUUCAUCCUUUAAAGAAAAUGCUAAAGAAAUCCCAUCAUUUCUCUCAGAGUUGAUGAGGAUACCUUUGACUGGUGCUGCCUACCCAAAGACUGUUCUACUGUACUCAGUCUCUGCAUAUUUGUUAGUGGAUAGUCUUCAAAAACAACCCUGCUCUCGAACACAAAACCAGUGUUUCAAUCAAAAGUGUUUAUUUCUUUAUUCUAAUCAUAAUUUUUAUACACACAGUAUUUUACACAUUAUGUAUAAAACAUGUUUGAUGAAUAUCAAUUUCAAAACAUGUUUAAGUGUAAACCUCAUUAUCUUACAUCAUAUCAUUCUAAAUAAACUUCUUUGAGCAAAGUGA